AUGGCCGCUACACAUGACACGAUGGAAAUACCAAAGACAUGCAAGGCUGGCGUGGUAAUCAACGAAGGCCCCGACUUUAGGUUGGAGGUUGAAGAUGUGCCCGUCCCGGAGCCUGGCCCUAACGACAUUCUUAUUCGACUGAAUGCCACCGGCAUAUGCUAUUCGGACAUUCACUACAUGCUCAAUGAUCUUCCAAUUCCAAAGAUGUCCGCUUUUGGCGUUCGUUCGCCAGGCCAUGAAGGCGCAGGAGUGGUUGUGAAGCUCGGCUCUAACGUGACGAAUUGGAAGGUUGGUGACCGCGCUGGUAUCAAGCCAGCGUACGAUGCGUGCUUUAAUUGCGAGUUAUGCUGGUCCGGGAAAGAGACAUACUGUGACGAGUCUCCCCAAAUUGGCCUGCAGUUCCCAGGCAGCUACCAGCAAUAUGUUCUUAGCCCUGCGCGAUACACAUCGCGAAUUCCGGAUGGGGUGGAUGAUUUUGUUGCUGGUCCCAUCAUGUGCUCGGGCAGUACAAUAUAUUGUUCGCUCAAAGAAUCCGGCCUUAAGCCUGGCGACUGGGCCGUCUUCCCAGGCGCCGGGGGGGGCGUCGGUCAUAUGGGUGUCCAGCUGGCUAAAGCCAUGGGUAUGCGGGUCGUGGGUGUAGACGGUGGUGACGAAAAGCGCGAAUUGUGCAUGAAGCUGGGGUGUGAAGCAUUCGUGGAUUUCACCAAAGUCAAAGACGUCGCCGAGGAGGUUAUCAAGAUUUGCGAUGGCAAAGGCGCUCACGGUGUCUUCGUGACUGCCACCAGCGCUUCCGCCUACGCAAGCGCACCAAUGAUGACAAGAAUUAGUGGCAAGGUUAUGUGUGUUGGACUGCCACCCACAGGAACUGCUGUCGCCGGAGCUGAUCCAUUGCUUUUCGUUGGCAAAAAUUUGCACAUCAUAGGCACCAAAGUAGGCUCCUUACUUGAUACCCAACGUGCGCUCGAGUUUGCGGCUAGAGGUCUUCUCAAGCCGAUUUGUGAAGUCUUCCCACUUGCGAAGAUGCCCGACGCCGUAGAAAAAUUGCGUGCUGGCAAGAUAGCUGGGAGGGCAGUUGUCGACUUCAAUUCCUAG